AUGGAGAAAGACCACAGUUACACAGUAUUGCGCGAACUGCCGAGUAUCGCCGUCGAAGACGACGUCGAACUGGUGAGUAGCCGAGAUGUCACGACUAGUAGCGCAACAGAGCCUCCGUCGUACUAUCGCGGCCGACACUCUCGAGGAAACUCGCGCGACGACCGUCUACGCUCGAUUGAAGAGAGCGAAACCCUGCAUGACUCAUUCAACGAACUUGCAGAACAGCCAGGGCCGCCGCUCGUGCCACCACCACCAUCCAAAUCUCAAACUCGUCGACGGAGUCCCGCCGGGGCCCAGUCAAUGCUGCGCCGGCUCACUACCAAAGUUGCGCCGAUGACCAGAUAUAAUUUUCGAUCAACUGGCAAGCGAUCACAACGACGGCAGUAUGCGACUUUGGACGACGAGGGUGAGGGUGAUGACGACCGAGUGAUCGUGGACAUUUCGUCUCUCGAAGGUAUGGGUUGGGAAAUGGCGGACUUGUCGAAGCCGACUUCUCCCCCACCAGAGUCAGAGUCGGACACGGCAUAUGUACGUCCGACGAAACCGGAUUUUCGCUCGUUUGUCGACAAGCACCGGUCGGUUGGAGAAGGGAUGAGGGAUAUUGGCGUGCAGCUUCGACGCAAUCCCACCAAAGUCGGCAGGAAUCCUUCUGUAGCUGGUCGAGGAGACGCUUACAGCACGAGAAUUGACCGGACCAAAACGGUGCGUGAUCUCGGGCAGAGCCUGGCGCGAGAGAAGAACGCCAUUGUCGAGGUCGAGGAGGAAGUGGUUGACUUGAGUACCCUCGAGGGUGCCCACACCGACCUUCGAGCCAGCCGCACGUUCGACGACAUGUCUAUGAGACACAGCAUCUUGCCGCAACAGACAAAAUCCUAUUUCUUCCCCGAGGAUCCCGACAUUCCCAACUGGAAGCCCUGGUCUAUGAGCAGCGUGUAUAUUUUGUUUCUUGUGAUCCUGGCUUUGGGCCUAGCUGGAUUUCAGGAGUACCUGUUUCAGCGAUCGGUCAAGGCUGCCAAACGGAAUAGUGGGCUCCUAGCGUUCAACCGCGUGGCGGAUAUUUCGACAUGGGACUUUUUCGCAUGGAAAUACCUCCCCACCAUGGUCACCAUCGUAUAUGCGGUAAUGUUUUCAAUCAUGGACUUCGAUAUCCGUCGGCUGGAACCGUUCUAUCAGCUAUCGCGACCUCGAGGGGCCCGGGCGUCGGCAAGCUUGAACCUCGAUCAUUUGACCAUGUUUCAAUACUUUGUGCCUUUCAAGGCUCUUCGGCUCAAACAAUGGGCCGUGCUCUUUUCCACGACCGGCAAUAUUGUCGCUUCGAUGGCGGCUCCUGCACUGCAAAACCCGUCAAUUGUAUUCAACAGAAACCCCAACUGCGAAUUUGACGGUGACAGGUGCAUCAAUUCGGACGAGAAGCAAUAUUGGGUCCGCGUGUCCAGCGUCUGGUCGCGCUUGUUGUCGGCAAGCUAUGUCGUGGUGGCGCUGGUGUUGGUGGUUUUGUUUCUGCAGUUGCGUCGGAAAUCGGGUCUCCUCAGCGACCCCAAGGGCAUUGCAGGAAUCGCGUCCAUGGCGACAAAAUCACACAUUCUCCAAGAUUUUGCCGGUCUCGACCUGGCAAACCGGCAAGAAAUCCAUCAACGACUCCAACAUCGUCGAUAUGUCCUGUACAAAUCUUCCAUUUGGCAGGGCGAAUGGAGCGAGACCAGCGAACCGAUUCAGGACAGCGAGAGGAAACUGAAAAGUCCGCAUCCGGCCAUGCUUCGAACCCAGGCGGCCGUUUGGUUUCUGUUGUUCCAGGUGUUCUGUCUCGUGGCUGUGCCCAUAAUCACCCUGACCGACGGGAACGUGGUGCCCAACACGCUCCCCUGGCUGUCGAUCGUGGUGGCCACGCUACUGAAGCUGCUCUUCAGUACGUUCGAGUCCGACGUGCGGUUGAUGGAACCGUUUUAUCAGCUGUCCAAAGGCCAAGCCAGGCCGGAGAACAGUUUGACCCUCGACUACCAGGCCACCGUGUACGGGUGGAUGCCAUUCCGGGCUUUGUGGAAAAGACAUUAUCUGGUGGCUCUGGUGGGCUUUUCGUCCGUGGCUCUGGAUGUCCUUACCGUCACGGUGGGAUCGUUCUCGGUCAAUGCGAAGGACCUGAUCGGUGAGGAUGGGAAACAGAUCAAGCAUAAGUUGGCCACCCAUGAAGUCUCCUUGGGCGACGAAACUCUGAUCUCGUUCUGGGCGUCGGUCGUGCUCUCUAUGGUCAUUCUGGUGUGUGUCAUCAUCACCACCUCGCUGGUGUACUGGCGCCGAGGACAUCCGUUCCUCCCACGCGAACCAUCCACCAUCGCUGCCGUACUGGCUUUCAUCUAUGCGAGCAAGAUGCUGACGGAUUUCAUCGAUACUGAACGCCUCAACAAUAAACAGAUGGAGCGGCGGCUCAAAACGCUGGGUAAGACUUAUGCCCUGGGCUGGUUCCGGGGCAGAGAUGGGCAGAUCCAUUGUGCCAUUGAUGAGGAGCCCAUGAAGAGUAGGUACGUGCAUGGGAAGCCGUAUACCAUGGCCCAGGCUGGACCGUUACUGUCCCAUGAAACCUUUUAUUCGGUAUAG